UUCAAAGCUCAACGCUUUCACCUCCUUCUUCUUCCUCCUCUCCGAUGGACUCCGAGAUCGCGAUCGCCCCCCACGAUCCUCUCCCCCUCUCCCACGAGCUCGACGAGAACGGGUUCCCCAUUGGAUCCUCCUCCACCGACGACGACGAUGAUGGCGACUAUGAAGGCUACGGCGAUGGCGACGGGGAAGGUCGGGAUGUAGAAGACGCCGCGAUCGCCGACGAAUCCUCCGAUGCGGUGAGUACCUUCGCCGCCGAUUUCUAUGGGAGCGGGACGGAUUGGUCGAGCUUGGUGGCGGCGGAGGAGGAGGGGAGGAAGGAGAAGAAGGGGGGGCUUGUACAGAGAAGCCUCCUCCAGAUGUGGGGGAUUAAGAAGCCGAAGGAGUACGAGGAGGGGUCCGGAGGUAUGGCUCGGAAUCUAGGGCGAAAGCGGCGAAGGAGCGCGAUGGGAGGUGAAGAGCAUGUGGACCGUGUUGAUCGAAGGAAGGGGCAGGAGAUGAAGCUUGAUCGGCCUCGUGUUUGCCCCUUCUAUAAGAAGAUCCCAGGUACACCUUUUACUGUGGAUGCUUUUCGGUAUGGACAAAUUGAGGGAUGCUUGGGAUAUUUUUUGAGCCAUUUUCAUCAUGACCAUUAUGGUGGCUUGAGCAAGAGAUGGUCUCAUGGUCCUAUCUAUUGCAGUUCACUCACAGCUCGCUUGCUGAAAAUGUGCCUCUCGGUUAAUUCACUUUAUAUUUGUCCUCUGGAGCUUGAUACUGAAUAUGACAUAGAGGGAGUCAAGGUAACAAUGUUAGAUGCCAACCACUGCCCCGGUGCAGCUGUUAUUCAUUUCCGCUUAAGUGAUGGAAGAACCUAUCUACACACCGGAGAUUUCAGGGCAUGUAAAUUGAUGCACUCCCACCCUCUUCUUCUCAAUCACCGAAUUAAUGUUCUUUACCUGGAUACAACGUAUUUGAACCCUAAGUAUAGGUUUCCACCUAAAGAGGAUGUUGUGGAUUUUGUUGUGAAGAAAACUCAUAACUGUCUAAAGAAACAACCGAGGACCCUUGUUGUUGUUGGGGCAUAUAGCAUUGGGAAAGAGAAUGUUUAUCUUGCAAUAUCUCAGUCUUUGGAGGUCCCUAUAUACGCAAAUGCAUCAAGGAGACGGAUUCUUCAGUCAUUUGGUUGGCCUGAGUUAUCUGGAAGGCUUUGUUCAAGUGGCCAGAGUUCUCCACUUCAUGUUCUACCUCUUUCUUUCUUGCGGCAUGAGAACCUGAAGGAGUACUUGAAGACUCUUAACAAAAGGUUCACAGCCAUCUUGGCUUUCCGACCCACAGGUUGGACUUUCUCCGAGUCAACUGGAAACCAGCUGGAUUUAAUCAAACCAAGUACGAAGGGCAAUGUGACUAUAUAUGGUGUUCCUUACAGCGAGCACUCAAGUUUCACAGAGCUUAGAGAUUUUGUGAAGUUUUUGAGACCUGAGAAGAUAAUUCCCACGGUCAAUAUUGGGAAUGCUGCAAGUCGUGAUAAAAUGCAAGCAUAUAUUCGUGAAUGGCUGAAGGUUUAGUCUGUAUAUAAACCCCGAAAGGGUACAUUCAUCUGUUUUGGCGAUGGAGAAUGUUGGGAUAUGCUGUGACCAAAGGGCAUAGCUAUUGGGCAAAUUGCUAUUAUGUCACCUUUCCAACAAUUUGGCGAGGUAAUUUUCCACAUAUGAUCUGCCUGUGAAGAGGGUUUGAUGCAGCUGUUGAUCUGUUAUGUGCAACAAUCAUUAACAAAAUUUUAAUUUGCUUCUUCUUGGUAAAAAUACAUCCAUUGUUUCUAUUGAAUUAAUGUUUGAAAUUGUUGUUCAGAUUCCUAAUAUCCGUUUCCACCCUGGAAUUUGUAAUGUUGUGAUAACAUUAUUUUGUAAAUCUCUUUCAGCUAUUAUUAACUACUUCUUGACAAUUAUUCUAGAGAUUCCCAGUUUGUCUAUUGUCCAACUCUUGAUAGUCUAUUCCUUCUACCAAAUUUCCA